AUGUUUUGGGAGCAGGCGUCAGCAGACAGGGACGAACACAGCGUCAACAGACAGGGACGAACACAGAGUCAGCAGCCAGAGACGAACAUAGCGUCAGCAGACAGGAACGAACACAGCGUCAGCAAACAGGGACGAACACAACGUCAGCACACAGGGACGGGCACAGCGUCAGCAGACAGUGACGAUCAUAGCGUCGGCAGACAGGAUGGACUCAGCGUUAGCAGACAGAGUGACGAACACAGCGUCAACAGACAGGAACGGACACAGCGUCAGCAGACAGAGACGGGCACAGCGUCAGCAGACAGUGACGAACACAGCGUCAGCAGACAGGUACGAACACAGCGUCAGCAGACAGAGACGAACACAGCGUCAGCAGACAGAGACGGACACAGCGUCAACAGACCUGGACGGAAACAGCGUCAGCAGACAGGGACGGGCACAGCGUCAACAGACCUGGACGGACACAGCGUCAGCAGACAGGGACGAGCACAGCGUCAGCAGACAAUGACGAACACAGCCGUCAGCAGACAGAGACGAACACAGCGUCAGCAGACAGGGACGAACAUAGCGUCAGCAGACAGGGACGAACAUAGCGUCAGCAGACAGGGACGAACACAGCGUCAGCAGACAGGGACGGGCACAGCGUUAGCAGACAGUGACGAUCAUAGCGUCGGCAGACAGGAUGGAAUCAGCGUUAGCAGACAGAGUGACGAACACAGCGUCAACAGACAGGGACGAGGGACGAACAUAGCGUCAGCAGCGGGCACAGCGUCAGCAGACAGUGACGAACACAGCGUCAGCAGACAGGGACGAACACAGCGUCAGCAGACAGGGACGAAUACAGCGUCAGCAGACAGAGACGAACACAGCGUCAGCAGACAGGGACGGCCACAGCGUCAACAGACAGGGACAGACACAGCGUCAGCAUACAGUGACGAACACAGCGUCAGCAGACAGGGACGGACACAGCGUCAGAAGACAGAGACGGACACAGCGUCAACAGACCUGGACGGAAACAGCGUCAGCAGACAGGGACAGGCACAGCGUCAACAGACCUGGACGGACACAGCGUCAGCAGACAGUGACGAACACAGGGUCAGCAGACAGAGACGAACACAGCGUCAGCAGACAGGGGCGAGCAUAGCGUCAGCAGACAGGGACGAACAUAGCGUCAGCAGACAGGAACGGACACAGCGUCAGCAGACAUUGACGGACACAGCGUCAGCAGACAGUGACGAACACAGCGUCAGCAGACAGGGACGAACACAGCGUCAACAGACAGGAACGAACACAGCGUCAGCAGACAGGGACGAACACAGCGUCAGCAGAUAG